AUGGGCUCUGCAGCACCAAAUGACCAAGGAGCCUACGAUGUGCUCAUUAUUGGAGGUGGAUUCUCCGGUAUCUGGCAACUGUACUUGCUAAGAAAGUCCGGAUUCAAGGUUCGAUUGCUGGAGGCUGGAACAGCGCUUGGAGGUAUCUGGCAUUGGAACGCCUACCCAGGCGCGAGAGUGGAUACGUCCGUUCCUACGUACCAGUUGACCGCCGAGGACUCCUGGAAAGAUUGGCACUGGAAAGAGAAGUUUCCUAGCCGGGCCGAACUUGUCGCCUACUUCGAGCAUCUUGACAAUAUCUGGGGCCUGAGUAAAGAUGUCAGCUUCGAGUCGAGGUUGACAUCCAUGCAGUGGGAUGCCGAGAAUGCGAGGUGGAAAUGCAUGGUGAACAACGGGGAGAGUCAGUGGAGUGCCUCCUUCGUUGUGCUGUGCACCGGCUUUGCAUCCAAGAGAUACGUUCCUCCUUUCAAGAACAUCGACAGAUUUCAGGGUGAGAUCCAUCACACAGCUGCUUGGCCACGGGAAGGGACUGCUCUAAAGGAUCGAAGAGUGGCCGUCAUUGGAACUGGAGCCUCAGGCGUCCAGGCUAUUCAGGAGAUAGCGAAAGAGGCCUCCCAUUUGACGGUUUUUCAAAGGACGCCUAAUACAGCGUUGCCGAUGAGAAAUUCAGACGUAGACAAUGCAGCGGUCAAGCUGUAUUAUCCUGCGACAGAGAGGGUUGUGAAGAGUAGCUUCGGCGCUUUCGACUACGACUUCGCUAAAGUCGACGGAGAUCCGAUGAACCUCCCAAAGGCGGAGCGAAUGCGGCAGUAUGAGCAGCUCUACAAUGCAGGGGGCUUGAAGCUAUGGCUGGGUACUUACAUAGCCAUGUUAAUCGAUGAAGACUUGAACGAAGAGGUUUACCAAUUCUGGCGCUCGAAGACUAUUGCCAGAGUAGCGGACCCGGUCAGAGCAGAGAUCUUGGCGCCCGAACGAAAGGUGCAUCCCUUUGGCACGAAGCGUGUCAGCUUGGAGCAGAACUUCUUCGAGGUUUUCAACCAGGAGAAUGUGGACCUAGUGGAUCUGCACUCGACUCCCAUCGAGGAGUUUCUUCCAAAUGCAAUCCGGACCUCAGACGGCUAUGUUCACGAGGUCGAGCUUAUUGUGCUCGCAACAGGCUUUGUCUCAUAUACCGGUGGAAUCACCGAUAUCGACAUCCGGAAUGCCCAUGGCCAAAGCAUCAAAGACAAAUGGACGCAAGAGACCCAUACCACCCUCGGUAUGGCUACCAGCGGCUUCCCAAACCUCUUUUUCCAGUAUGGUCCGCAAGCCCCGACUGCUUUUUCGACAGGCCCGAUCUCGGCAGAGACACAAGGCGCUUGGAUUGAGCAGCUUCUGCUGCAUGCUCGCGACAAUGGCUUCAAAACGGUGGAGUGCACGCCGGAGGCCGAGAAGGAAUGGCGCAAACACGUGCACGACGUUGCGAACCAGACGCUCUUCCCAAAAGCGAAGAGCUGGUACAUGGGGGCGAAUAUUGCAGGUAGAGAACCGGAGGUGCUCAAUUACAUGGGCGGCCUUCCAGUGUAUAGGCAGCAGAUAUGGGACUGCGCGAAGAGUGGGUAUGUCGGGUUCGUGCUGGCCGAAUAG